CUCACCUGCCAUGACAUCUAAUCUUCAAAAAGACACAACUUUGACAAAAAUAUUCGUCGGUGGACUACCUUAUCAUACUACAGAUGAAAGUUUACGUUGUUUUUUUGAUCAAUUCGGCCCAAUCGAUGAAGCUGUGGUUAUCACAGAUCGUCAAACUGGAAAAAGUCGAGGAUAUGGAUUUGUAACUAUGACUCGUACAGAAGAUGCCCUGCUAGCGAUUCGUGAUCCAAAUCCAUGUAUUGAUGGUCGGAAAGCGAAUGUGAACUUGGCCGUGCUUGGAGCUAAACCUCGUCUUAUGCCUGGAACUAACCCUGCAAUGCCGCCAUUUUUCCCGCUUCAAACUGGGUUGCCAAUGGAUCCGAGUCAGGCGGGUCUUUUCAACAAUCCAGCAGCUGCUGCCGCGGCAGCUGCACUUGUCAACAACCCUUUAAUGAAUCCGUUAGUGAAUGCAAGUCUACUCACAGGUUUCAAUCUACCCAACGCCAGUGGACUAUCACCAAACAUCAACGGUGGACUUUUACAAACACCGACUAAUCAUCCCCAAAUGUCACCAAUAUCUGAUCCAACUGUUGAUAAUCGACUACAAGCACAACUGUCAUUGAAUCCACUUGCUAGUUUGAAUUAUUUACUGAAUAUUUCAAAUGCAACAGGGAAUCCUUCACCUACUGCUACCGCAGCGGCUCUAGCAGCAACAGCCAAUGGAAAUCAAGCAAAUAUAUCGCCUGCUGCUUUAGCUCUUCUAAUGUCUGCCUAUGGGCAAGGAGCGAAUGGUUUAAACACUGGUUUACCGACAAACACUUCAUUCGUUGGCGUACCAUCUGUCAGUCAUCCAUCGAUAAAUGCCACUAGUUUACCUACGACAAGUUUAUUGAACUUGAAUUCCACUACUGCAAAUACAACCGGCCUAAAUGUUCUGACUGGAAGCCAUUCGGUAUCACCAUUCUGUAGAACAUUUACACCAGAAGUUUCAGCCAAUGACUUGAAUGCCUACUCUGCUGCUAUGGCUUAUCAACGAUUACUAAAUAUGGCAUCAAGUUAUCAAACCAUUCCGCCGUCCUUACUGACGUCAGUUAAUCCAAUCAACUCAUUAUCAGGCGCUAUGAUUAAUAAUCCAUUUCCCAGUAUUCCAAAUCAAACAAUGAACUAUGCGAACAGCAAUAAUAAUAAUAGUAACGCGAAUACUGCUAACAAUAAUAAUAAUGGUAUCAGUGUUUCAAUGGACCACCAGCCGAAUUCAAUACCACUAGCAUUUCCGGCAACAUCGCGUAAUUUAGUUACUUAUACAACGGAUCUGAACGGUACAUCAUAUGAUUAUGGGAAUCAUUCACAAGAGUUGACGGCUAAUAUGCAUGCGACGCAUCAUCCCAGCACAAGCACUACACCACCACCAGCACUACGUGAAAAUAUCGAAUGCGGUGUUAAUGCUUCUAUGAAUUUCUAGAAGUUUAGCAGAAAUAAUAAAUAGCAUGAAAAUUGUCUCUUUCUCUCUUACUGUUCAAGGUGAUCAAUGUAAAAAGUGUUUACUUCUUUUUGUUAAUUAAUUAUGGCGCGUUAAACGAAUAAUGCAUCCUUGUAAUCUAAUUGGUUGUGUGCUAGCCUUUAUUGAUGAGUGUAUUCAGUGUUAAUACUUCGCUUACUUUCUUCUUCUUGUUGUUGUUGUGAUGUUGACAAAAUGAAACUGUGAUCCUCUUUGUGUCUUUUUUUUCACUCUUCCGUUUUUCUCUCCUUUCCUUUCGUAUAUUAAUGUAAUUUUAGUAACUUCUCCAUGUGUUACAUAAUUUUCGUACUUGACUUCUUUAACUUUGAAUAAUUUCUCUCCUAUGCCAUAUCCUAUGGUCAACCUCCCCCCAUUUGCCGACUUUUGUCUCAUCAUCUUCAUGCGACUAUUUAUAGAUGUGCUUAAACGUGUGUAUUCGUUUGCACAAAGUGAUGUCGAGUUCAGUGCGCGUGUAAACUUUCACGAUUCACCGAGUAUAAUGGA